AUGCAAAACAGACGCUGGGGCUACGGGGGUCAAAGGCCAGGUGGAGUGGGACCAGGAGGAGUGGGACCUGGUGGAUUUGGACCAGGUGGAGUGGGACCAGGUGGAGUUGGACCAGGAGGAGUGGGACCUGGUGGAUUUGGACCAGGUGGAGUGGGACCAGGUGGAGUGGGACCAGGAGGAGUUGGACCAGGAGGAGUAGGACCAGGUGGUGUUGGAACAGGAGGAGUAGGACCAGGUGGCGUGGGACCAGGAGGAGUUGGACCAGGUGGCGUGGGACCAGGAGGUUUCAGGCCCAGCAGUUUUGGUCCUGGAGGUGUUGGGAUUGGUGUCAAGCCUCCAAAAACAGGAGGUGGCUAUGGUACUGGUGGAACAGGUCUGGGUGGUGUAGGAGGAGGACUAGGACCAGUCGGAGCUGGUGCUUUUGGAGCGGGUGGUGUCGGUCCUGGUGGUUACGGAGCUGGGCCUGGAGGAGCUGGUCCUGGAGGAGCUGGUCCAGGUGGUUUUGGAGCUGGUGGCCAAGGCACAGGAUUUGGAGGCCUUGGAGCAGGAGGUACUGGGACUGGUGGAGGACUUGGAGCUGGAACAGGUUACACACCUGGAGGUGGAUAUGGAGGUGGUUAUGGACCAGGUGGUGUUUUUCAAUACCCAGGAACUGGCGGAACUGGUCCCAAGCCUCCUAAAACAGGUGGUGUAGGAACAUCACUUGGAGGAACAGGAUUUGGGCCUGGUGGUGCAGGGGUUGGGCCUGGUGGAACAGGAUUUGGGCCUGGUGGUGCAGGGGUUGGGCCUGGUGGAUCAGGAUUUGGGCCUGGUGGUGCAGGAUUUGGGCCAGGUGGAACAGGAUUUGGACCUGGUGGUGCAGGAUUUGGGCCAGGUGGAACAGGAUUUGGGCCUGGCGGUGCAGGAUUUGGGCCAGGUGGAACAGGAUUUGGGCCUGGUGGUGGAGGGGUUGGGCCAGGUGGAACAGGAUUUGGGCCUGGCAGUGCAGGAUUUGGGCCAGGUGGAACAGGAUUUGGACCUGGUGGUGCAGGAUUUGGGCCUGGUGGAACAGGAUUUGGGCCUGGUGGUGCAGGGGUUGGGCCUGGUGGUGCAGGAGUUGGGCCUGGUGGAGCUGUUGUCCCAGGAGGAGUUCCAACAUUGCCACAGACUGGCACUACUAGGGAGGGACCAGGUGGAAAGAGUGCUGGUAAAGCGUCAAAGCAAGUUCCAGGCAUUGGGGUGCCUGGACUCUAUCAAGGUGGAUUUGUACCAGGCCAAGGUUUUGGAGGCCGUGGUGUUCUCCCUGGCGUGGCUACAGGCACUGGUCUAGGAACUCAGAGUGGGGCUGGAGUACUUGGUCAGGGAGGUACUGGACCAGGAAGUGCAGGCAAUGGUCGUGGGCAGCCGCUGCCUGGGAUUUUUCGUGGCUACCCACUCAUAUCACCAAAAACAGGAGCAGGAAAAUCCAAGAAGAAUCCAGCCAAAGUUGCAGCUAAAUACGGUGGAGGUGGAGCUGGAGGUGCACUUGGUCAGGGAGGCACUUUGGGGGGUGGGGUUGGAAGACUCCCUGGAGGCGGUGGGGGACUUACACCUGGUUUAGGUGGCGGAGCGGGUACAAGAACUGGACCUGGAUUUGGAGGAGGAGUUGGAACAGGAACUGGACCUGGAUUUGGAGGCGGAGGCGGAGUUGGAACAGGGGGUGUCCCUGGAAGCGGCAUACCUGGCUUAGGUUUUGGUCCAGGCUCAGCCAAAGCACGCAAAUAUGGCAGUGGAGGCCUUGGAACUGGAGUUGGUCUCGGCACUGCAGGAGGGCCUGGUUCUGGGACUGGGACAGGUGGGGCAGGUGGUGGUUAUGGUUUUGGUCCAGGUGGCACAGGUACCGGCACUUCGGGAGGACUUGGAGGUGGAAUACUUGGAGGAGGCGGCCUUGGCACAGGUGUGGGACCUGGCUCCGGGGUUGGUUUUGGUCCAGGUGGUACUGGCACUGGAACAGGUGGUCUUGGCUAUGGCCCUGGGGGUGUUGGCACUGCACCAGGUGGUCUUGGCUAUGGUCCUGUGGGUGUUGGUGCUGGAACAGCAGGAACAGGACCUGGGGGGUUUGAUGCCAGUGCCAAAGCUCGUAAAUAUGGCAUGUUAAGUGGGGCGCUUGGAGGUCCAGGAACAGGUAGUGGAGCAGUCAGACCUGGUGGUGCUGGUACUGGAGUUGGAUCUGUUGGAGUCGGCACUGGCUAUGGCCCAGGUGGAGUUGGACCCGGUGGAGUCGGCACUGGCUAUGGCCCAGGUGGAGUUGGACCCGGUGGAGUGGGCACUGGCUAUGGCCCAGGUGGAAUUGGACCCGGUGGAGUGGGCACUGGCUAUGGCCCAGGUGGAGUUGGACCGGGUGGAGUCGGCACUGGCUAUGGCCCAGGUGGAGUUGGACCCGGUGGAGUGAGCACUGGCUAUGGCCCAGGUGGAGUUGGACCCGGUGGAGUGGGCACUGGCUAUGGCCCAGGUGGAGUUGGACCCGGUGGAGUCGGCACUGGCUAUGGCCCAGGUGGAUUUGGACCCGGUGGAGUGGGCACUGGCUAUGGCCCAGGUGGAGUUGGACCCGGUGGUGCUGGAUAUGGACCUGGAGGUUAUGCUGGUGCCAAAGCUCGUAAAUAUGGUGUUCCUGGAGGUACCGGAGGUGCCCUGGGUGCAGGAGGACUUGGAGGUGGAACUGGGCCUAGUUCUGGGCUUGGAGUGGGAACAGGGAUUCCUGGACAAGGUGGAGUGUCAACUGGUGGUGGACCUGGGGCAGGACUGGGGACAGCUGGUAUACCUGGAUCUGGUGUUGUGACAGGUGGUGGGCCAGGAGGAUUUGGACCAGGUGGAUUUGGACCAGGCAGUGCUGGAGGAUAUGCUGGGAGACCCAAGUCUCUCAAACAUGCAGGCUAUGGCCCAGGGACUGGAAGAGGAUAUGGACCUGGUGGUUAUGGACCUGGAGUUGGGACGGGUUAUGGACCAGGUGGAGGCUAUGGUGUAGGACCAGGGACUGGAUUUGGACCAGGUUAUGGACCUGGAUCAAAAUUGGCUAAAUAUGGCCCAGGUGGAGCAGGCACAGGUGGAGUACUUGGAGGAGGGGUAGGACGUGGUGGCUAUGGCACAGCUGGAUCUAAAGCUGCAAAGUACGGGCAACCCGAUGGAGUUGUACCUGGGACAGGAACAGGAACCAGCACUACAGGAGCAGGAACAGGGACUGGACCUGGGGUUUCAGCGAAUGGAACCACCACUGGCAGCGGCGCAGGGACAACAACCAGACCCAGUGGAGGAAGACUUGAAGACACAGGAGGCACACCAACUCCGGCAACAGAAGGUGAUGGUAUUGACACUGUGAUAGAGGGGUCUGGAAGUCCUGGUGGAGAGGGAGGUACUGGUGUCGGCGGCAGACCAGUGGGUACAGGAAGAGAUGGCGAUGGCCUAAGUGGAACAGGAAUCCCCAUCAUUGGACCAAAGCCAGGACUCAAUGGGACAACACUUCCAGGAUCCACUGGAGUGACUCCUGUUGGUGGUGGAGCUGUGCAACCAGGUGCUGGGGCAGGUGUUGGUGGGACAAAACUUCCCCCUACAGGCUCUGGUGGGGAUCUUUCAAGUGGGGCACUGCCUGGAGCCAAACCCCUCAAACCCCCAGGUGUCCCCAGAGGUGACACACCAGGUGAAGGUGAUGGAGAAGGAGGCCCUGAUGGAUAUAGAGGUGGUACAACUGGGGGACUGGGAGGAGUAGGAGGGGGUCCCACCAGUGCAGGAGUGGCAGGAGGCGUUUCAGGUGGUAGAACAACAGGAAGAGGAGACAGCCCUGCUACUGGAACUGGAGUUGGCUCAGGAGGUCCAGUAGGAGGAACACCAAAACCACCUAAAGCAUAUAGACCUGAUGGUACUAUAGGAGGAGGCACAAGUGGUGGACCAGGAGGAGUGGGAGUAGGAGUUGGAAGUGGUCCUGGGUCGAUUGGAAGAGGUCCUGGAGCAGUGGGUGGAGGUCCUGGAGGAGGUGGCUUGGUAACUGGGGCUGGCGGGCCCGGUGGAGUAGGAACAGGAGGCUAUGGUGCUGGAGUUUUACCAGGGGGAGGUAUUCGUUACCCGACUGGAACUGGAGUAGCAAAACCAGGCAAAGCAUAUGGGACUUUUGGAGCAGGGGGCCAAGGUGGGGUUGGCCCUGGCAGUUAUGGAGCAGGCCCCGGUGGCUAUGGCACCGGACCCGGAGGUUUUGGAGCUGGUCCAGGUGGCUAUGGUGCUGGGCCUGGUGGAUAUGGAACUGGACCUGGAGGCAGAGGCAUUGGUGGAGGUCCUGGUGGUGGGGGGACAGUCGGAGUUGGAACUGGUCCAGGAGGUGUAGGUGGUGUAGGAGGCGGAACAGGAGUAGGCCCAGGUGGAAUUGGUGGUGGACUGGGGGGAUAUGGUGGUUCUAGAUAUGGCACAGGCCCAGGACUGGGAACCGGCACCGGAAAACCACAAAAAAGUUAUGGAGCAGGAGCUGGUGGUGCUGGGUUUGGACCUGGUGGCUAUGGGGCAGGACCAGGUGGAGUGGGUUCUGGUCCAGGAGGUUAUGGACCAGGUGGCUUUGUGCCUGGCGGCCCUAGUGCUGGUAGUUACGGACCUGGUGGCACUGGAGCAACUGGAUUUAUUCCAAGCGCUACUGGGACCGGACUGGGUGGUGCUGGGACAGGACUAGGUGCUGCUGGAACAAGGCCAGGCGGUAUUGGACCAGGUGGUAUUGGCACAGGACAAAGCGGCUAUGGACCUGGUGGGCAAGUAAAACCACCUAAAUCAGGCUAUGGAUCAUCCUCACUGGGUGGAGCUGGCUUUGGACAAGGUACAGGAGUCAGACCUGGUGCGACAGGUACUGGACCUGGUGGAUAUGGUCCUGGAGGCUUUGGACCAGGUGGGUCUGGCACGGGAACUGGAGGCUUUGGACCAGGUGGUGUUGGCACAGGAACUGGAGGCUUUGGACCGGGUGGUGCUGGUACAGGAACUGGAGGGUUUGGUCCGGGUGGCACCGGCACUGGAACAGGAGGUUUUGGACCAGGUGGUGUUGGCACAGGAACAGGAUUUGGACAGGCGGGCCAGGGAAAACAAAAACCUUUGCAAUCUGGUUAUGGAGGUGCUGGUUAUGGAACAGGAGGAGGCUUAAGAGGAGGAUAUGGCCCAGGUGGAACUGGGGGUAUUGGCUCUGGAGGCAUUGGCCCAGGAGGUGCUGGAACUGGUGGUUUUGGCCCAGGAGGUGCUGGAACUGGCGGCUUUGGCCCAGGGGGUACUGUACCUGGCGGCUUUGGCCCAGGGGGUACUGGGCCUGGCGGCUUUGGCCCAGGAGGUGCUGGAACUGGCGGCUUUGGCCCAGGGGGUACUGGACCUGGUGGCUUUGGCCCAGGAGGUGCUGGAACUGGCGGCUUUGGCCCAGGGGGUACUGGACCUGGUGGCUUUGGCCCAGCCGGAACUGGUGGUUUUGGACCUUCUGGUCAAACACUCGGGACAAGAAAGCCCUCUAAAUCAGGUUACGGCUCAUCGGUGGGUGGAGCCGGCUACGGACCAGGAGGUGGAGUUGGAGUUCUUCCUGGUACUGGAACAGGAGGUGUCAUUGGAGGUGGCACAGGCAGUGUAGCAGGAGGAACAGGUGGGGUAGGAGGUCCUGGGGGAAUUGGCCAAGGAGUAGGAGGACAACCAGGUGGAGGACCAGGAAGCGCUGGUGGUCCUGGCUAUGGCGGGCUGGGUGUAGGAGGUUAUCCAGGGUAUCCAGGGGCUGGACAAAAAUCCAAGGCACAGAAGGCAGCCAAAUAUGCAGCCAUGCAGGCUUUACUUGGAGCCAGGGGCUACAGAGGAGCUGGCCGUAGGAGGAAGUGAGAAAGACCAACAGACAGGAAGUGACCUCAUUAAAACAACAGUGGUGCUAUUGCAUGAUCCCACACUGUAAAUGUCUUACCUGCCACAGAAGCUAAAGGUUCAGCAAAUCCCGCUUUUUACAUGUUCAUUUGCUUAUGUUUUAUACCAGGUUACAAUGGUUCUCAGCCUGUUAGGACUCACCACAAGGUGAUGGUGUCGACUGCAGAUUGAUGUGAUGCGUCCCUGUUACAUGCAUGUUUUUUGUUUGUUUGUUUGUUUUUUUGUAUCAGUGGUUUUACUUUGGUAAAUUAAAAAAAUGUCCUUUUCACAAGAAUGUUCCAACUUGCUGUUCACAUUUUUUUUUGCCCCUCAGUGAAUAUCCCUGCAAUUCCAGAUGAGAACCACACAGUGAGGGAUCAGCGUAUUUUUCAUCAGUUUUUGUUUAUCAUUGCUGCGCCGAAUAUCAUUUGUGUUCUUAUGCAAGCGUCACCACGAAUCCUCUGGGUUAAGACUGAUACCAAGGACUCCCCCGAGGCAGCUCCUUCAGACCUGUCUGCAUGCUGACACAAUGUGUAAAGAAACACAAGGCAACACUUUUACCCAGAUAGACUGGGCUAUGUCUGCAGAGAGUGGUUGAGCAGAAAAUUCACUGUACAGACAAAGAGAUGGACAGCUGCUGUUGCAGGAAAAGAUGAAGGUAGUAUUUUAUGCAGUAGUGGUAGAUUUUUUUUUUAAUCCUUGAAAAGCAGCUUCUGUUCAUGUUAGCUGUACUCAGGCCUCAGUAAUAUCAAUAAAGAAGCUUGAGGAUCCGUACUGAUACCACUUGAGGCCCACUUGUGAGAUUCUUCCACUCCAUUCACAACAUAAAGGCACUGUUUUAUAGCUGCAUCACAAUAAAUGGUAUAAAUGUAUAAUUUGCUUAUAUUUUCAUUGUUAGGAGGGUGUAUUUGUCCUGACUUUCUGAAGGGGAUUAGUUUUAGCUUUUACAUUUGCUGUUGAGGUAAUCAUUUAAGCUAAAUGUGAGGUAAUGUGACGAGAGUACAUGACAUCUUAAGAGCAUUGAAUACUGUGUUUUCCUUCUGUUCAUGAACCCCCGUUAACACUGUUGGGAAAUUGUUCACGUUUACUAGACUUUUUAAAUUAUGUCGAGAACUCUAUUUAGCCUCAUUUUACAAAGUCAAGUGCAUUAUUACAGUACUAAAAUAUUUGAGUUAGUCAUUUUGUGUGUGAGUGUUUUGACAGUUUUUUUUUUUUUAAACCCGUGUACUGCUAUGAUGAAUAUAAGUGCUUUGUUUUCUACAUUGUCCUUGAAUGUGUGCUGAAUCACAGCACAAUCUGUGAUGUCAGUGGGUCAAAAGAGGGGGUGAGUGAAUCUCGUCUUGCAUUUGAGCUCGUGUGCAUCUCGGUCACGUGGCUCAAUGUGUGUGUUUAACAUCUGUGCUUUUUAUGUGGCCUUUGAAGAAAAUUAUGCACUUUUGUACGCUCUCUGACAAUGCUCUCCGAAGUAAAGAGAUG